CGCCGGUCCUGUGAGGACUUCGGUGUCCUCGUCUUCCAAGAAGACUUCUGGGCCCUCAAUAAAGACUUCCAAGUCAGCCAACCGGGUUACGAAGCGCCCGUCGAGUAAUACGUCGCGCUCUCCAGUACAUGACCAUGCACCACCAUCCCCACACAGUUCCGAUAGUAGGCAUAAGAGAGUCUGGAAGGCCUGUGAGCGAUGCCGCAUGAAGAAGACAAAGUAAAGUGCGAUGGCGAGUUCCCCUGCAAGCGGUGCAAGGACGACGGCCUUGUUUGCACGGCUGGCACGAGAAAGAAGACAGAGUACAAGCAACUUCCCAAAGGGUACGCCGAGGUUCUUGAGCAUACACAGUUCGCCUUGAUAGCCACGGUGCACAAGCUCUACGCCAUGGUCCGUGAGGGCCAGACCUGGGACCUGGGAGAGCCGGAUCUCAACGACCGAGGCCAGCCCAUAAUCCACAACAUAGCGACGAAGCUGGGGUGCAUCCGGCCGAAUGCCGACAUUGACCUGCCGCCACACUCUGUGUUUCCCGAGGACGAGGCGGGCCUGUCACAGUUGGCGGCCGAGUUGCAAGCGCAGCAGCCGCCAGAGCACGAAUCGAUGAUCAUGGAGGACAUCAAGAUGGAGCGCAGCCUGACCGAAACCCGCUCCGACCGUGCGAGCUCGUCAGAACUGGACCACUCCGACUUUGAGCAAGACUACCGGGCGACGCUGCUCGGGGAGCAGCAGCAGCAGCAGCACACGAACCUCCAGACCCUGUCGCCACAAAGCUUCUCAUCGUGCAACGACUUUGACGUCAACACGCCAAUCUCUGCGGGCCUCGACCCUUCAGCCGACGCCAUGAUGUUUGCCGACUUCCCACCACGCUCGGGCGGGGUGCCGACCUCGAUGCCCAUGUGGGAGAUGAGCCGGCUCAGCGCAAUGGGCGACAACAUGGCGCAGUACAUGCCAAACAUGAACCUUAACAUGGCCGACAUGAUGCUCAGCCAGGGGCUGAUCGAGUCCGAGUUUGGCACCAUCAAGCCGCACAUGGUUUCAUGUCCCAAUUCGGAAGCCAUGCUUGGCAUCGGGGACCCCAUGAUCUACUCUGGCUACAACAUGGAGGCGGCGAUGCGGUCGUGAGUUGGGUUCAAGAGUCCUGCAACCACAACAACAAAAAAAACAAAACAAAAAAAGACGGCAAUGGCGGCGGCAGUUUGCCCGCACAGCCAAACAACAGCUUUGCCUCUUUGAAAUUCCACGAGAAGCUUUGAGGACUGCGCGCAAUUGUGAUCGGCGUGCGCGACGUCCGC